GACCCUGUGUCUUAUUACAACCCACUGCACAUUGCUGUAGUGAGGAACAGGCCGAGCAUGGUAAGGGAUGCUGGCUGGACAUGGAGCUGACAUUGACAAGCGAGGUAGGGUGAGUACAACUGAACUUACAGCUGCAAAACAUACUACUACUAUUGUGUCCUUUCUGCAGUGCUGUUCUUGCUUUGUAUACAGAAUCUGUUGUUAUGACUGUCUAUGCAGUGCACUGUAUCUUUUGCAGAUCCAUGAAAGUAGCCCCUUGGAUCUUGCUAGUGAAGAGGCAGUGAGACUACCCUGUAUGCGCACACUGCUGGACAUUGGGGCUGACGUGAAUGCAAGAGAUAAAAAUGGUGACUUGACGUUUUGAUCUGUAUUUGCUUGUGUUUUCUCUAUAUGCUGUAUUUCAAUACUGCUUUUUUUUUUUAAAUCUUGUCCCCAAAGGAAAAACACCCCUACUUCACGCCCUAGCCAGCAGUGAUGGACUCACCGUGCAUAACAUAGAAAACAUCCGGCUGCUACCCCAGAGAGGUACUGAACUGUAAAACAUCCUUUAUAGAGUGGUCACCUUGUCUUAAUGUUUCUGCUGCUUAGAGUAGGCUUAUGGGCAUUUGUUGUAAGACAGAAAUGCUCAAACUCAACAACAGCAGGGCAUGCCCAAACUUAAUUAUAUUCAGGAAAUGUUCCCCUCCUAAGGUUCAGACGUCCAUGCUGCAACCCUUGAUGGAGAGACUGCUGUGUCCUCGCUGGUCUUCCUGGUGAAGGAGGCUCUGGAGGGCUCAGUGGAGGAUGCAGCUGAGAUCGGCCGCUUCUGUCUGAGAGCCACGUGGCUGCUGCUGGCCCACGGGGCUGACACCAGCUGCUGCCUGGCCCCAGAUGGGGAGGAGGAUGGGGAACCCUCCCUGACCCUGACCAGCCUUGAGCACUUUGACCGUAUAUUUCCCCUUGCAGUGCUGCUGCGGCAGAGUGGAGCUUCCUUCCACUGCUCUCACCACAGAGACUCCUGCUGGACAGGCUACAGGCUGGUGUUCUAGAAGCUCCAGACGGUCCUGCUGGACUGUUCUGAUGUAGGGCAGGCGGCUGAGCUCCUGGGGCAGGCUGAGGUCCUCCUGGACUUGGCCCGGGUGUCCUCACCCAGUCUGGCCCUGCCCCUGGACCUGCCUAUGCCACACCAAGACCCCCAUGCUCAGACACUGCGGAACCUCCAUCAGCAGGUGGUGGUGGAGCAGGAGACCAGCCCUCCCUUCCUGCGCUGCCUCUGCAGGGCCUUCAUCAGGGGUCACCUGCAGCCCUGGCCCCUGGACGACAAGGUGAAGGCUCUGCCCUUACCUGACAGACUGAAGGAGUACCUGCGUCCUGAACACACCCUGAGCCCCAAACCAGGAUGGAACUGCUUUAAGCCCCAGCAUACCCUACGCUGA